CAUUGUUGGCGGACGUCUCAGUCUGAGCCAGCUUCAGUUUCAAUUUAAGUUUUAGUUUUGGUUUCAGUUUCAUUUUAAAUUUAAUUAACAGUCUUAGCUUCCUUUAUAUAUUUUUUUACCUGUGCCACCUGUGCGAACAAGAGCGGAAGCUCCAAAGAGAGAGAGAUUGUUGAAGGGAGAGCGUAAAGAUGCAACUGCAGAAGAAGUGAAGAAUAUGUACAUGUGUAUGUGUAGAAAGCCGCCGUGUGUGAAGUAAACAACUUUAGUGACCGAAAAACCUUAAAAAAAAAAAACAAAAAUACCUAAGGCAAAGCGAAGAGAGACACCAAAAAGAAGAAGAAGUACCAAGAGACGCCACUGCAGCAGCAACAACAACAACAAGCUAGAGGGGUUACAGACAAAGAUGCCUGAGUGAUCGCGCCAUCUCAGCCAGCGAUUAGAACAGAUUUUGAGGACAGGGAGGAGGAGGAGUAGGAGGAGCAGCAGCAGGGAUAGCCAUGGGCAUGCAUGUGAAUGGACGCGAGGUGCGGGAGCUGCUGCGCAAGGACCUGAUAGUACGAUGGCGCCAGAAGGUGCUCAGCCUGAUCCUGCUGGCCUGGCCAGUGCUAAUCUUCAUGCUGCUGUACCUCAUCCGGCUGAAGUACGGCUCGGAGCAGGUGCAGGCCUGUCAGUAUCCAACGCGACUGCUGCCCACCAAGAACCAGGUGGUGCCCGCCGCCUUCUCCUACAUAUGCAGCAUCGAGAACCGGUGCCAGCGGGCGCAGCCCUACGAGGAGUACUCCCGCUGGAAGGAAGCACCACUUCACUCUGUGAUCGAUGUGGUCAAUGCUUUUGUGACCGAUGAACAACUGCGCAAGGCCGUUGUGGAGCUGGCCGACAAGGCCAACUUUGUGUCGGCCAUAACCACGCUGAUAACCAGCGAUAGACUAGACAUCAUAAGAAGUAACAUUAGUGAAAUCAUUUCCUUGGUGCCCGAAAUAGAGCGACGCAUGAACUAUAGUUUCGACAUCAAGCACUUGUUUUCGAAUCGCGACACCUUCGUGAAGCUGGGCAUCCUGCUCUGCGGUCAUCCUUUUCCCAGCACGGACACCAUUCCCCUAAUUAAUGAGAUUCUGGAGUCCGAGGACUUUAGCGAGGCUGACAAAGACGUGGAGCUGGAGGCCAUGCCAAGCCGCCACCGUAGUCGUCGCCAUCUAACCGAUACCCUUCCCAUAGACUGGAGGCCAACCAAAUACUGCAAGCAACUCUACCGGGAUGUGACUUCCACUAACCAGGGUAAACUCACCUGGAACACCAUCAAGCCCAUCAUUCAGGGCAAGAUUUUGUACUAUCCGGACAACGAGAUCACCAAAAAUGUGGUCAAGUUUAGCAAUGCCUCCUUCGAGGAGCUGGACAACAUGAAGCAAUUAUCUCGUGCCGCAGCCACAAUCCUUACCAAGCUCCACACGAAUACCACCUUUCAAGAGGCCUUCGAUAGUCUCCUGAAGUUGGCUCGCUCGCCGCUGGUAAAGAGCCUGGUGGGCGAGGACUUUGACAUUGGGGAAAUCGAGCGAGUGUUUCAGUAUAUUCGCACCAAUCAGCUGAUACACGACAUCCUGAACACUGUGGCUGACCUCAUGGACUGCGUGUCGGCGGAUCGAUUCGAGGCUGUGGAUUCACUGGAGGGCCUGCAGAGGAGAGCCUAUGAACUGAAUCAGAACAAGCUAUUUCUGGCCGCUCUCAACCUGGAGGAUGUGGGUCUCAAGCAGUCCUCGUAUCGCCUGCACAUGGACACGGACAACACGCAGCCAACGUUUGAGAAUCGGAAUAGAUUCUGGUUCCCCGGACCUGCCGACAGUAUGGUCAUUGAUCUCAAGUACCAUCGAGGUUUUGUCCAGCUCAAGCAGAUGGUGGACCUGGGCAUCAUCAAGGCCAAGCGAGAUGAGGCGGGCAUCUUGCCAGAGGAGGAGGAGAGCGAUGCCAAGACCUCCACUCCCUCCUUCACCAUCAAGGCUAUUAAUUCCGAUGAUGAUGAUGAUUUCGACGACGAGGAGGACUUUGAUAGUUCGGAGAGCAACACGAAGAAGGCCUUAACAGACACCAAAGACGAGACCACGCUUUCCCCUAUAUCAGAAGGUGAUGAUGAGGAGGAGGUUGGGCUCACCACCGAGCAGGUUAUAACCACAGAUCAGCCCAGUUUAAAUGGACAACCCGAUUUAAUGCUGCUAAAAGAUCAGGAUGUGCUCAAGCGUACCAAGCGACAGGGUUUCCUGGACUUCCUGGGAGGUCUUGGGGGGUCCAAGGACAAGAAGGCCAAGUUCCAGGUGGAUGACAUGCAGUUCUACACCAAACAGUUUCCCUAUCCCGCCUUCCUGAACGAUGUGUUUAAGCGUGGCCUAUAUCUGGCCCAGGGUGUCCAGGUGGCCUAUCUGCUGGGCCUUGUGGUGGCCGUGGCCCUGUGUGUGAGGGAACGCAUCUGGAUGCGGGAGAGCCGCAAUAGCAUGUUAAUGCGUUCAAUGGGUCUAAAGGCCCAUUCCGAGCUGGUGGCCUGGUCCCUAAUGAGUCUCAUGGAGCUGUGUGUGAUCUUUAUGCUGAUCAGUGCGGUUCUGUACAGUGGCGGUAUCCUGGCGUAUACCAACUGGUUCUUCGUGAUGUUCUACUGCCUCUGCUUUGGCAUCUGUUUGAUCUCCUUCUGUUACAUGUGCUCCAAUUUCUUCAAUUCGGCCAACAUUGGAGCGGUUGCCACGGCGCUGCUCUUCUUUAUCACGCUGUGUCCCUUCAUCAUUGUCCUGAUGUUCGAUGCCAAGCUAAGUGUCUUUGAGAGCUUCCUGAUUGAUCUGUCCUUUACCACGGCCUUUGCCAAGGGCUUUGGUGAGAUAAUGCGCAUGGAGUUGCAGCAGGAGGGCUUGACGAUGGGUCACCUCAUUGCCUCGGGUCCGGCCAGGAGCGAGUGUGCCAUGGCCUUUCUCAUGUUCCUUCUGGACUUUCUCCUGUAUGCGGUCAUAGGACUGGCCUAUCAGCGGUACAAGAAGACCAACUACAGCUUCGUGAAGGUGGCUCGGUCUCAGCUGGACGACAAGCUGGGCGCCUCCAUGGCCAAUGUGACCAAGCUGUAUGGCAGCAAGUGCGCUCUGUCCAAUCUCACACUGGACUUUCCCCGAAAUCAGGUCAGCUGUCUGCUAGGACGUAAUGGAGCCGGAAAGAGCACGCUGAUCAAGCUGCUAACCGGUCAGAUUAGACAGAGCAGUGGGAAGGUGCUGCUGGCCGGGGAACACCAGGUGGGCGUCUGCUGGCAGGACAACAUCCUCAUACCCACCCUCACGGCUCGGGAGCACCUGCAGCUCUAUGCUCAAAUCAAAAUGUCAGCGGAGCGGGAGGAAAACGCUGGCGCUGAGGAGAUCCGCACGGAGGUGGCUCGCACCCUGCAGAGCCUGAACUUUGGCAAGCACGAAUCCUAUGCCGCCUGGCAGCUGUCCGGCGGUUACCAGAGACGGCUCUGCGUGGCCAUUGCCUUUAUAGCCUCGCCGAGUGUGGUUAUCCUGGAUGAGCCCUGUAACGGAGUGGAUGCCAAGGCGCGCAAGGACAUCUGGCAGCUGAUCGAGCGUCUCAGACAGGGACGAGCGGUGAUCUUUGCCACACACUUCCUGGACGAGGCCAAGUACCUCAGCGACUCGCUGGUGAUCAUGCGGAAUGGCAGCGUCGUGGCCCAGCACAGUCGCGAGUCCCUUCAGCAGCUCUGUACUGCCACCUACAGCAUCAGUGUGCACUGUGUGGAUGCCACCACCUUGACCCACAUUGUUCAGCAGGCCCAGCACCUGCUGCCCCAGAGCCAGGUGCUCCGUUUGGGGGCCGGCGAUCAUCCCCACAGUGUGACCAUACAGACCAGCUAUGCUGAGCAUCUGACACCCGGUGCCGUGGAGUUUCUGCAACUGUUGCAAUCCCAGGAGGUAAUUGGCUCCAUUAGCGACGUGGAGCUGGCCAGCAGCAACAGUCUGGAGCAGGAGUUUGAGCAGCUAAACAAGAAGAACGGCGGCGGCGGCGGUGAGGAGGUACGACGAGUUCAGGUCAGCGACAGAAACGGAGGCGUGGCCAGACCUGUAGAGACUACAACCACGGAGGAGCCCCCCUCCAGCUGCGCCCAGUUUAAACUCCUGAUGGGCAAAAGACUCAAGCAUCUGUCUCGCAACUACCGCCUGCUGCUCUACGUCCUGCUGCUGCCCGCUCUCUUCGAGCUCUGCGCCAUGUGGUUCGUCAGCUAUCGCCUGGAGGAUGACUUCGACACUGUCCUGCCCUUGAGUAGAUCUCUCUAUCCCAAGACAGCGCAAUUCCUGUCCCAAGAGCAGCCCAACCGCUUCGCCGGGAAACUGCAACCCCAUCUAAAAACCAGCUGCGAGGAUCAGGGCGAGUGCCGGGAGUUCAACAGCUCGGAGCAGCCCUACAACUGGAUCCUAGAGACUAACCACGAGUACCGGGAGAGAAGAUACGGUGGCUACAGCAUGAAUGGCACGGGAGCUACGGUCUGGUAUAACAACAAGGGCUACCAUGCCAUGGUGGCCUGGCUGAAUGAUCUCAACUCGGACCUGCUCCGCACCACGCUCAACGACUCGGAGUACAGCAUACUGACCCUCAAUGAACCCUGGAAACUGGGCUUUGCCGAGCUAAGCACCAGCUCCAUUCUCCGUCAGGCGGCCGACUCCUGCUUCGUGUUCAUCCUGCUGAUAGCCUUCGGUCUGGUGGUGGCUGCCGGCUCUGUGUACCUGGUCAAUGAGCGUGAGAAUGGCGAGAAGCUGCAGCAGCGGUUGUGCGGAGUGAGUGCUGUGACCUACUGGCUAGUGGCCUUCGUCUGGGAUUACCUGGUGAUGGUCCUGGCCCUGAUUGUCUGCCUGGCCGUGGUCUUUGUGUUUGGCAUGCCCGUGUUUGUGGAUCGCCAGCAGUUGGUGGGCAUUGUUGGCCUUUCCCUAGCCUUCAGCUUUGCCUGCGUGCCCGCCGUGCAUGUGGCCGAGAAACUGUUCAGCGACUCGAGCAUUGCUAUUGUCACCAUCUUCUGUGCCAAUCUGAUUAUCCCCCUGGUCACCAUGGGCAUCAUUCUCAUCCUGGGCGUUGUGGGCGAGGGUCCGGCUUGGGAUAACUGGCGCCAUGCCCUCAACCAGGCCUUCCUCGUCUUCCCACAACAUGCUCUGGGCGAUGGCCUCCUGGAGCUGUGCAAGAACUACAUGGUGGCCCUGGUCUUCCGGCGCUACGACAUUGACUCGUACAAGCAUCCCCUGGCCAGCGACCUGCUCGCACGCCACUUUACGGGUCUUGUGCUGGUGGGUUUGGUCUUUCUGGUUCUCAAUGUGCUCAUCGAAUGGCACCUGCUCCGCCGGCUCUGGCAGCGCGUGGAGCGCCUGCUUGACUGCCACUACCGUCAGGAGCUGGACAAGCUGGGCCAGUUGAAGCUGGUCAAUAUCCAGAGCAUCUUCAAGAGCUGCGUGGCCGCCGGGGAGGCAGUGAGAGCAGAGAACUUAUGGCUGGCCUACAGCCGUGGCCGAUACGCCGUGCGCCAGGUGCACUUCAGUGUCCAGCGCGGCGAAUGCUUCGGUUUGCUGGGCAAAAAUGGGGCAGGAAAGUCCACGAUAUUCAAGCUGCUGACGGGACAGUUGCAGCCAAAUGUGGGGCACAUAUACUUCGAGCAGCCCGGCGUCUCCUACUGCCCGCAGAGCAAUCCCCUGGACCCCCUGCUCACGGUCAGCGAAUGCAUACGGUUCUAUGGCCGCCUGCGUGGCAUUCGGCAGGUGGAUCAGUUUCUGGACCGAAUGCUGGACACCUAUGAGCUGCGCCCCUACAAAGAGGUUAAGGUGCGCAACCUUAGUGGCGGCAACAGGCGCAAGCUAACGGUGGCCGUCACCUGCUGCGGCGCCACGCCCACCGUUCUGCUGGACGAGCCCACCAGUGACAUGGAUCCGGUGACCCGGGAUUUGGUCUAUGUCACCAUUGAGAAGCUGCUGCUAUCCCGCCGCGCUGUGGUGCUCACCUCGCACUCGGUGUCGGAGAUUGAGCAUUUGUGCCAGCGUGUGGCGGUGCUCCGCUCUGGUCAGGUGAUUGCCAGCGACACACCCGAGCGGCUGAAGGCCGCGCACGGUGGCUACUAUGCAGUGAGCUGCUUCUGCGGCCCCGCUCAACAGGCUUUGCUGGCCAGGAGCCUGGGCCAGAGGCUGACGAGCAUUAGAGACCUGCAGCACUAUGGGCACAGCCUGCGCUUUCUGGUGAGGAUUCGGGCACCGGGCAGCCCGGCCACACCGGAUCAGCCACUCCUGUCGGAGCUCUUUGUGGUCCUGCGGGAGCUGUGCCUGGACGUGGGACGCUUUUCGUUGAGUCGCUGUCGUUUCGAGACUGUCUUUGAGAGGAUCCUUGACAGCUGCGAGGCGAACGGAGCGUCUGCAGCGAAUGGAGUCAACGGAAAAGUGCACCAAGAGGCGAGGGAGGAUCUGCCGGCCAAGUCGGCUGCAGUUAGUGGCACCCUAGAAACGGGCUACGUUCACUGCGGCUACGAGGAGACGAGAACCUAAAGGAUAAUGAAGCUGCAGAUCUGUGUUUUUAGUUCCUGCGAACUUUGUUUUAUAUAUAUUUUGAAAAUGUCGAGCACACGACACCGGGUUAAAGGAAUAUUGCCGAUCUAUAUAUUGUUGCCUUUACAUUAAGUAAUCUUUGAUCUUGGGUCGCUGGAAUAGUUAGCAUAUGUACUAUAUAAUAUUGUAAAUGGAGUUCGGAUCAGGGGUGAGAGUGUACUUUCAUUUUAGGCUGACAGAAUUUUGAAUUAAUACUUAGCUUUCACACCAAAUGAGACAACAAAAUGUGUAUAUUUUUAGUAGAUUUUAAUUUAUACAUUUUAAAACAAUUAAAAAUUUUUUUUAAUAAGCUAAGGGUUCUUUUAAGCAAUCCCUUAGCAAACCUUUCAAUUUCCAAACCGAAUUCCAUUUUAAACACUUUUUUUUUAACUGUAUAAUAGUUAGGCAAGUUGUUUAUUUGUGAUAAGAUCGGUUUUGGCCAGUCCAAAGUCCAGGCUCGAUCCAGUGAUAUAUAAGUUUGUCCUCACUAAAUUCCGGGUGUAAGAAUAUAUGUUCCCCUUUCCCCCUUUCACACCGACAAACCCCUCAAUAGCUUUAAUAUGUAAUUAUGUCUGUACCGUGUAUGUGUGUAUGAAAUUCAGGACCAAACUUAGAUGUAUAUAUAUAUAUGUAUUUGUAUGCCCAGGCCAUGAUCCUUAUAGGAUCAGGCACACAUUUUUUUUAUAUGUAUAUUUCAAUUUGAUAAUAAAUAAAAUUUAAAUAUGAAUGGAA